AGUGCGGGGAGCCAGCUACUGGUUGUUGCUGCUCUCUUCCCUUCAAAGAAAACCAAGAAGGAAGAAAAGACACGAAAGGAGGUUUAAUUGCACCUUUUUUGUGCUCUUAUUUGUCGCUGGUUUCCCUGUGCUUGACCUUCUGCUCCACCGCCCCCCUCCUUCACACCAGCACCGCAUUUGUAGCAGUUGAAAACCACAACAGCCCACAUAAUGUUCGCACCAGCGAAACGGGCGGCUGCCAAAGGACCAGCGGCACCGCACGCGUCCAUGUCGAAGAAGGACAAAGCAGCCACCGGCGCAUCGCGUAGUGCGGCCGCCACCAUUAGAGUAAGUCGUAGCUCACGCGCAGAGGCUCUUGUACAACACGUCACGCAGCUGCCUUCGUUCCUCGCGUGGGCGCCAACGUUCGCAUCUGACGCGGCUGCGUCCUUGACUUCCCCCAAGGACGUCGCCCAAUACCUGGAGGCGCGCGUGGCGGAGGUGGCGGCGCAGCUAAGCUCGCUGCGCCACGCCGGUGACUACACACGACUGGUGCUGUUGGCGGAGCUGCUGCACGGCGACAUGGCAGCCGGCGUCACCACGAGAAUGGUCGAGGGCGGCCUGCUGGAUCUGCUGCGUGCGCUCUCCACGGCCGUCGCGCAAGGCGAAGUAGGGCUGCACCCAGCCGCUGCCGUGUCCCCACUUACCAAAGUCCAGAAUGACCCCUCUUCUUUCCCCACUACGUCCCGCGCGGCGGGCAUGUCGAACACCAGUGCAUUGCAGUUCACGACUACUUCUGCUGCGGCUGCCGCCUUUGCAGCCCCCAUUGAAAGUCUGCUUCCACCCCUUAUUGAUGAGACGCUGCACAAAACAAAAGCAGUGGCAGAAGGCGCUGCUGGCACCGCUGCUGGUGCUGCGGCUGCGCACGGAGAGCAAAGCGUGGAAGAGGCGGAGAUGGAGGCGUGGGAGAACUACAUGGCUACGGUGCGCGUGGCGACGACGGCGGACGGGGUGCUUCCACGUAGCUUGGCCACAGCACAAACUUUUGCGACCGCCACCGCCGCCGCAGCACCAGUGGCCACUGCGGUCGUUGCCGCUGAACCUCCUCGCAGCAUCGACUCCCUUCCAUCAGCCCUGUGCGCCCUCAUUGCCAGCUGCACCACCGCUCCGUUUGUGUGUUUGUCGCUGCAGGAUCAGCAAUGCGAAAAGUUAGCGGUAUCCGAUUUGGCUCGCGUUUUGUUGGAGGUGACAAAGGCAAUGAAUGCCACCUCGAUGGAAAUAUCAGCGGUGCGUCUCGCGGCCAUCAAAGGUCUUUUUCAGCUGCUCUCCAUGUACGUGACGAAGAAAGACGGAAGUGGGGCGGCAGCCAAUUCCACUCAAACGCGAGCAUGGCGGUCGACAAAAGCGCUGAAGGCAGUUCAAGAAGGAACCGCCGCCACCACAGCAGCUCCGCUCGUCGUGGCGCUGGAGAGCAUUCAGCUUUCUGAGAUACUCGAGGACGUCACGCUGGAGUGGGCACGACUCCUUGUGUCGUUGAAAGCAGUGGCGUCGUCGCACCACACACACGAAGAGCAUGGAGGAGACAGCGGCAGCGACGAAGAUGCGGAUUGUGCUCCAGAGGGAGCCUUCGCCGCGGAGGGGUCUUGCAGCCGCAACGCUUCGGCUGCAGUAUAUGGCGGCGGUCCUGCCGGCGAACUUUACUGGGUGUUGGAAAUCGUAAAUCAACUUCUGCAAGCGCAGCAGCACGUCAUGCAGCGCAGCAGCGGUGAUAGGACACGUUCGCCGACGCAGCGUGUGCUGCCGCCCACCUUGGUCCCAGUGAUACUGCGCACCCUGUCCAUGCUCCCCACCACACCCUCUCUUUCGUCGCGUGCGUCCAUGUACGCCCGCCUUUGCGUGGAUGCGCUGUGGGCGGCCGCGCUGUUGGCGCCGGUGUCCGCCGCCAAACAGCUUCUCUACGGAUCGUUGCCAGAGCUGAUGAACGGCAGUCGCAGCGACGAUGAUGACGUCGACGAGCAGAAGCAGCAGCAGGGUGCACCGGCCCCGCUGUCCAUGCAUGAAGAGGCCGACUCGCCCGCGGUGGACUUCUUCCUUUCCUUGCUGCACCAGUUCAAUAAGACUCACAGCCUCGCUCACCGCGAGAUGCGCGAUGACCUCGUCACCUUGCUGGCGCUGCUGCUACGCUACGAUGCGCAGUUUUGUGAAGACACGUUGACGGCCUGUCGUGCCGCGGCCGAUGCCCGCCCGCAGCCCUCUGAUCCUUUCGAGGAGGACGACGGGAGCACGGACACGUGCACGCCACUCUUCCUCACCACUGCGACCGUCGAGGCUAUUAAUGCCAUUGUGGCGCUGAUGUUCGAGACGACCUGUGGGGCGGAGCUGAGCGCUGGUAAUGCGACGGCGGCGACGCCCAAAAACAGCGAGCAAGCUCCGGCCGCCCACGGCGCCGCUGCCCGGCCGUCCGCGCUGCUCUCCGAGGAGGCGGUGCGCAGCUACGCCCUCCGCUUUCAAUCCGUCUCCAUCUCUGCCGCGCGCCGUCGCGAGGUGGUCGAGUUUAAAAAGUACGGCUGGCAGUUGCUGGAGGUGCACUUUGAGUGGCAGCUGGCGCAUUUAACGCUUCGCGAGUAUGUGAAGCUGCACGACGCGACAGACGCGGCCUCAAGUCCGCCGUCCACCGUCGCAGCUGCCGCCCGCGCAAAGCAGCUGCAACGCUAUCACCAGCGCAGUAAGCCGAUUCAACAGAUCACCGGCAAGACGGAGCCCGGCGAGGCCGUGGCGGCGGCGUUGUGGAGCAUGCAGCUGUGCCGCCUCGGCUUCUACGAUGUGCUGCUGCUCUACGUGGACAUGGACAGCACCGUGCCGGCCGUGGUGACGUGGACGCGUGAGGAGCUCAUGGUGCUAGAGGCGGAGGCCUGGGAGCUCUUCACCUCAAUGAUUCUGUUUACGCAGCAUUUGGACACGGCUGCAGGUGGUUUGCGGGUACGCUGGCACCCCCGCUACGGCCCGUCUAGUCCUUCACAGCCAGGGUUCGAGGAACGCAGCGGCUACAGCAAUAGCAAUGUCAACGCCUACGGAGUCUCGGGUACGUCGUUCGGGGCCGCCUCGGACCGCUUCGACGACUACGACGAAGGCCCCGGUGUGCUGUAUGGUGGAGACAUCCAUUUUAUGGCGGCUGGCGGUGUUGAGGUGGCUCUGCGCUUUCUGAGGGCCGCUCCACCGGAGAUGGAGGCGGUGAAACGAUCGGCGCUGGUCACGCUGGCCGCCAUCGCACGCACGAGCAGCAGCGGCGAGGCCCACCUCCACUCCGGCAUCUAUACCUCCAAAGAGCUGGCGCUCGUGCAGCGCGCGCUGACGGAGCACGCCCCGGCGUUGGUGCCGUUUCUGGUGAAGGUGAUUCGUGAGGUGGACACGCACGUGGAUGCAACCGGUACUCCGGCCGCCGCGCCGCCGCUGAUUUCCUCCGUCGCUGCCGUCACGGCGGUGCCCGCGAGCACGAUGGCGGAUGUUGACGCCGGCGGUGACCGCACCCCCGCCGACGUGGAAGGCCGGAUCGCCGCGCGGUGGGGCUGGCUGCCACUGUCCUCGCACCUCACCGUGGUGUUUGCGUGGUGUCUGCUGCGGUGCAUCGGCGAUGUCGUGCUCACAGAGGUAGGCAUGAUGCGUGAGCUUCCAGACUUGGCGAUGGACGGCGCUGAAGCCGUCGGCGAUGGCGAUGCUGAUUCGGGCAACGAGGUGGACGGUGGUGCCCCUGAGACCAGCUCUGUGGGCAGCUGUGCGGUUACGAUGAAGAACUCCAUGCUUGGCGCCGAUCACGACACCAGCUCACCCACGCUGAAGAAGAUGGCGGUAAUAGGCGAUGUGUCGCACGCCGAUGACGAUGACGAGGACGGGACAACGGACAGGCAGUCCGAUACGCGGGCGAUUGAGAUCUCGAUGGCGGAGGCUGACUUGUCGACCUCUGGCUCCUCGAUGGGUCCCCCACCAGGGGAAGAGGGAGAAGUGGAAUCAGGCGGGAAUGAAAAGCGAGGCGGAGGCGGGAGGACUACAUCGGCGAAGCCCACCUCCGGUAAUAACGACACCACUGAUGGUGUCCAGCCGGCGGAUGAGCCGCCUAAAGGCACCACCGGACGUCAUUUCACCCUGCUGCGCAGCAUGCAUGAGGAGGUGCUUCUCAUCCCCGAGCUGUUCGCCAACGAGGGCGGGAUUGACCUCUUGACGAUGUGGAUCCGCCACCGCCUCGAGCUUUGCCUGUACGUUCCGCCUGCAUCGCCGCCUGCACCUCCGCCCCAACGCGCACUGCCGCUUCGUUUGGCCACUGCAGAAGUCGCGGAGCUCGACCGCAACAGCGACGUCUUUCUUCUCCUGCUGGACGUCUUUCGCGCCAUUGUCCUCGGCAGCGAGAGCAACGAGGAUCAGUUUGUGCGCAGCGGCGGUGUGCAUGGAAUGCUGGACCUGAUUGAGGCCUUCGCCCUGGCGGACGGCCUGAUGGAGCGCGCCGCUUACCACGCACGCAUUCUGGCUGCCGACAUCACCGUGCCAGCUGCCGCGCCCGAUUUCGAAACGCCAACACUGGCAGAGGCGAUGCCGUUCGAGCAGAAGGGAAAGAGGAGUGUGCUGCUCUACGCCAUGACGCUCUUGUCCGACCUGCUAGACAACUGCCCUGCUGCGCUGGACGCGCUCUCCACUUGGCACAGCUCGCGCAUCUUCACGUCACCGCUGACGCCAGAUGUGCAGGAGUGCUGGGUGACGAGUAAAGGCGUGGAGGCGGUGCAGCUGCUGCUGUGUCUCUGGGCGGCUGAUCUGCCGGCUCGCGGUGACGAGGACAGCACGGCGGGCGCGCCGACAACGUCUGGGUUGGAGCUGCUGCGGCUGCACCUGCGUCCUGCUCUGCGAAAAGCGCUGAAGGAGGAGUACGUGUGCCGUCUGCUGCGCCAGCGCGCGAAGAAGGGGGCGCUUGAAGCCGAGGCGAUCCGCUGCUACUACCGCUACAUCCACUCCGAGGACGGCGUCGGGGCAGGGCUGACCAAUGCGGAGAUGAAAGACGAGGUGACCGACGCGGUGGUGCUCGCUUACAUGGAGCACCUCAUGAGCCGCCACCGCAAACGCGACGCUGUCCCGUCCGAGCAGCACAUCGCCCUUCUCGUGGCUGACACUCUGGGUCUGUGCCUGAAGGUCUACGGGUGUCUCGCCGCGGUGGGCUUCGACUCGCUGCGCACCGCGGAGACGGAGACGGAGGCCUCGCCGUCCUUGCACGUAAACCUUUCCUCGCUCGAGCGCUCCUUCCUCGUGCAGAUCGCAGCCCUGCCUGCCCUCUGCGUGGAUGAGGUCGGCACCGCCAUGGCGGAGGUCGCAGCGGCGGGCGAUGCGGAGGCCGACGGCAGCGUCACUGACUGGGGGCCCACAACGCCAGACCGCAAGACGCUCCGCCACGCAGCCGCAGAGGCCGCGGUGCGCGCGAGUGAGCUGGAGCAAAUCAUCGAGGUCGGCGCGCAGGUGCAGCAGGCACGCGGCGCACAGCUGUACCACCGCUACUUAGUCACCCAGCUGCGGCAGCCCCUCGCCCCACCCGCGGAUGGCCAGCCGGGUGCGGUGAAGGGGUCCUGGAAGACGCAGCGGCGACUCUCCACCACUAUCGGCGGCACACCCAUCACUCCGGCCGUCAUGACGACCGGCCCCGCCAGCGAGCGUUCGUGUGUGUACGCUGCCGAGCUCGCGGCCCGUCUUUCCACGCGCCUGGCUACCGAGGAGCAGCAGCACCAACAGAGCAUCGCCUCGUCCAUUCUACAACGGGACACGAUGCGCUUGUCAAGAGGAAUGGGCGAGGGGGCGCGGAUGACGAGCACCGCCCCGCCGGCACUCGGCAGCAGCCGUACGCCGUACAACUCCAUGAUGGGCUCUGUGCAUGCGGCCGCAGCGGACCGGCAGUCGGCCACGUCCUUCUCCGUUACUAUCCCGCCCCGCCGCCCCGAGCUCCCGCUGACGGAGCGUCUGCAAAAGCGGCAAGCGAUGAUCGCCCGCAGCGUGCGUAAGGUACCGCUGAACGCAGCCGCCGUGAAGGACUCCCGAAAACCCUAA